AAAAAACCUUUCACAAAGAUCAUUUUUCUACAAAAAUUACUCUUCAAAACUUCAAUUGCACACAAAACUCCCCUCCAAACUCCAAAGCAACUCUCAGAAGUCAGAACAAUAAACAAAUCUAAAAUAAGUUGCAAAAGAAAUAUCUUCUCAAAGAGCUCCCAUGAGCCAUGGCGUCCUGCAUCUCCCCAUCUACUACAAAUCCUCUUCAAAGCACAACCUACAACUCCCGAUUCAAACCACGGGUUCCAAUUUCAAUCACCUUUAUCUGUUCUUCUAAUCACAGGGCGCUAAGGAUGAAUUGCAAUGCGGCUGCAAAGCAGCACACCGGUCCAGUGAAGAAGCGAACGAAUUCAAAAACAAAGAAAAAGAGGAGCCCGGGUAGCAAUACUAUUGUGGACGCUGACGAUAUCUAUGAAGAUUUUGAGUUCGAAUCGAACUAUGGAGCACCGCCGCCUCCAGAAGCUUACCACCCGUUGCCGCUGCCUAAACCUCCCGCCGGCUUCGUCCUGGAUGAGGAAGGCCGGGUUCUCAUGGUCUCUGAAAAGCGUCUUGUUACGAUUGUGGAUCCAACCAAUAAUUCACCUUUAGAGUGUGUUAUUAGGAGGAUAUGCAGAACUACACAGGGGGUUGAGUGUAUGCUGCUCUGCCCUGUUGAUAUGCCCAUUAUGAUCUUGAAGAGCACAAAUGUCGUGGGGUGGUCAGCUGUCAGUGAUGAUGAAGUUGAAACUAUCCUCCCUAUGGCAGCCUAUGCUCUUGCCAAGAUUCACAUUCAUCUUGUACAUAGUGGGUUUUGCUAUACUGCACGUGGAGGAUUUUGCUAUACAGAGGGUGACAUCUUUGAUCUUUGCACGGAUGAAGGUCAGAGAGAUGACGGUGUGCCAACUGAAGGAGUAGAAAUCACAUGCUUCAAUCUUGACGGUUCUCACUACAUGAUUUUCACACCUUCAGAUCCACUUCUUUUUGUUGCCGUAAAGGAUAAAGAUGGUAUAUUUCAAAUUGCAGAUGAUGAACUGCUGGAAGACCCAGCAAUUGUACGUACAAUUGAUGAGGAGACAGAAUUCAAUGCUUUAGUGGAAGAGGAGAUUGCCCUUUUCGAGUCGCUUUUGGGUGAAAGAUGAUAACACCAAGUAUCGUAAUAUGCGUUUUCAAACCAACCCUUAGAGCAGAGUAGUGGUACUUCGCAUCCUACACAGGAACAAUCCCUGUAUACAAGAUUACAACAAGUACCACGUGAGUGCCCAUCUUGAGGAUAGACUAGAAGAUGGCGAUGUAUAUGGUGGCAACUAGUCUGUGUUGCCGUUAGGUUUUUGUUGAUGGUUGUUGCACCUGGCCACCUGUCCUUUGCCGUCACGGAUUACUAUUAGGGAAAAGUACAAAUAUACCCCUUUAGUAUGCAUGGAGAACAAAUGUAUCUUUGCUCUAUUUAUUACUCUGUAGAAUCUAUUUAUUAGAACAAACAGUGGCGGAGCCACAUAUGUUCUAAGGUGUUCAUAUGAACACCCAGAUUUUUGUAAAACAUUUAAGUAUAUAUUUAUAAAUUUAUUGUAAUUAUUUACUACUAUUAAAA